AUGAACAACCUCCAUAUUGACUCUCUUGAAGUGAGGAAGGAAUGGAGCGAUGAACACAAUGAGUUCAUCAGCGCAUUCAUCGUAACACGCUCCGGAAACUCGAUUCAGUACGGCGAGAACACCGCACGAGGCAAAUUCGACGAUAUCUUUCCAAAAGUCCAAAUGAGCCCUGUCCCCCGCGAAGAAAUCUAUCCCUUGCAGCUGGAACAUCUUCACAUCUACGCCGCCAAAACUAUACCGCAAGGCGUGUACAUCAAAAGACCCAGCUUUGGAUGGUACUGGCUUGAGCGUGGAACGCAGGCACUUGCUCACGAACUGCUUCACGAAGUCCAGCUUUACGAAAAUCACUUCCUCGCCAACCCACAUCCCAACCUGCCCGAAUACUAUGGCUGUCUAGUGGAGGAUGGCCGUGUAGUCGGAAUGGUGUUGGAUCGAUAUGCAUGUCGCUUGUCGGACCGGCGAGAAUCCAUGGACCAUGCCGCCCGUUGGAGGUGCUUUCGGAGCGUGGAGGCUGCCAUUCGACAUCUCCACGGCCUUGGCCUCGCACACAACGACAUCAGCCCCGACAACAUCAUGUUCGACGAAGAGGGCAACACGUUUCUCAUUGACUUCAACGCCUGCGCGCCUGAAAACCUCCAUCUCAGGGGAAAGGGAACGUCGGGGUGGAACGAGGGCUUCACAGACUAUUCGUCCUUCGCGAAUGAUGAAGCAGGACUCAAGCAGCUGAUGAAGUAUUUGGAGCUAGUAGCGAUUGCCAACCCGGAUACGGCAACAUGA